CUCCGCUUACCAUCUCGGGCUCCGGCACAACGCACUCGCCUUCCCCUUUUCCUUUCCGCGCCCACAGCCGUUGCCACAUAUAGCAACCACCGUACGUCGGCGGCGAGUAUAUAUAUCCAACGACUCCUUCCUGCGGGGAUCAUUUUGGGAGGACUGCAGGGUGUGAUCUCUGAUCAGUAGAGACGCACCACGAUGGCGAGCGGCGGCGGCGCGGGCGCGGAUGCGGCCGGGGUGGCGCCGUUCGUGGCCAAGACGUACCGCAUGGUGGACGACCCGUCCACCGACGGCGUCAUCGCGUGGGGCAGGGACAACAACAGCUUCGUCGUCGCCGACCCCUUCGUCUUCUCGCAGACGCUCCUCCCCGCGCACUUCAAGCACUCCAACUUCUCCAGCUUCGUGCGACAGCUCAACACCUACGGCUUCCGGAAGGUUGAUCCGGACCGGUGGGAGUUCGCGCACGUAUCGUUCCUGCGCGGGCAGACGCACCUCCUGCCCCGGAUCGUCCGCAGGAGCAGCGGCGGCGGCGGCGGCAAGCGCAAGGACGACGGCUGCGGCGGCGGUGGCGACGCCGGGGCCGUGGAUGAGGACGCGGUGGCCAUGGAGUUGGUCCGGCUGAAGCGGGAGCAGCGCGCCAUCGAGGACCAGGUGGCAGCGAUGUGGCGCCGCGUGCAGGAGACGGAGCGCCGGCCCAAGCAGAUGCUCGCCUUCCUCGUCAAGGUCGCCGGCGACCCGCAGGUCCUGCGCCGCCUCGUCUCCUCCUCCGGGGCCUCCGGGGCAGGCGGCGCGAGCGGCGGCGUCGGGUUCGCCUCGGGUCCGGAAGAGGACUGCGCCGGCGGGGAGGUCGCGAAGAGGGCGCGCCUGCUCCUCGACGGCGGCGACCCGGUCUAUGGUGGUGGCAGCAGCGACGCCGCCGCCGCCGCCGAGUUCGGCGGGUUCUACAGCGCCGGCGCCGAUGACGUCGGGUUCGGCGGCGAGGCCGGCGGAUACCUGCAGCCGCCGCCGUACGUGUUCCCCGUGAACAGCGGCUACUGAUGGCGGUGACGUGUGUGCUGCGUCCGAUAGCGGUGGUCGGUUUUGUCGUCGUGUGCGUGCUCCGUUCGCCAGCUGCCCUCGCGAAUUGCUUGGGGAUGUGGCAACGGCGAACGGUGGCGGAGGCCCAGCAAGAUGGGAGCAGCUCUCCGACCGGGCUGGCCGGCUGGGUAGCCUGGUGGGUGCUACAUGUAAGUCGCGUCGUGUCUGCACAUGUGCCUGAGCCUGACUUGUGGGUGUGCGGUCACGCGUGCGGAAUAAGAGGCUGUAAAAGUGUAAAGCCUUGGUCGUUUAGGCAGGCUAGGUCUAGGUAGGUCAUGUUGCUUCCCCUGUGAUAGUGUGAUGUGAAUACCACACAGCAGUAGUGCUUCCAGUUCGCCCUCUCUUGGCCGAAA